AUGAGCACCAGUACCCAGAUGACCAUGCCGCUGGUGGCAUGUUCUCACAUCCAUGGCCCCACCAUGGAGAACGGCAAGGCAAUCUGCGACACCUGCUUGAUUCAAGGCAGGCCUACACUGCUUACCCCCAAGAAAGCAAAGAACGGGCCUCACAAAGGGCAGUGGUAUAUCAAUUGCUCUCAUGGCUGCCAUCCCCCCAACCCAAGCAAGCCAAGCAAACAGAAGUCAAAGUGGUUCUUCUGGCCCAAGGGCAUCAAGCCUUUGGGACUGAUCGGGGAUGGGCCAGUUGAGUCCAUCCCAAGCACGCCCUCAUUUUCGCUAAUGCAACACCCUUUAUCCUUGAUGUCUUUCUCCUCCUCCAGCUUUCUUCAUCUAGAUGGUCUCCUGCCUCCAAUCUCUGUUCCGGUGACUGAUCUCCCUUCGCAUCCUGAUUGGGUCCUCCCCAUGCACUCUUAUCCAAUUCAGCCUAACAUACCCUCUUUUCCUUCCCUGGUGUCCUCAUCCACCAACAACCCUCUUCUAUCUGUGCCUCAGUCACAACCACCUCCAGCACCGCUAUCACUGCCACCUUUGCAACCUCUCCCUCAGUUGCAGCCAGCACCAGGCACCUUCAACUUUGCCAAACAUUGGGCAGAGCACCUCACCGACCGCCAGCGCUCUUGCCUCUCAGUUUUGGGCAUGGACAUGACCCCACCACCUCCACCACCUCCACCACCUCCAUCCCAGCCCUAUGUGUUGUUUGCUGCGCUAGAUGCUGCGUCGGACAACGUGGCUCGGCUGCUUGCUGCAAUGCCUCAAGAUGAAGCCCAGGAGGACAACUAUGUCUUCCUCAAUGAUCCUCUACCAGAGUCCACCCCUCCUCCCUUGCACAGUCUUGUCAUGGACAUUGCAGUCCCAGAUGAUCACCCUGAUGCUCCUCGCCACACAGACCAUCUCAACAAGCUCUGGCAAUGGAAGUGGGAAUACUCACAUGAUGGACAUGUUAGAUAUAGGUACAACAAGAAGGAAUACUUUUCACGCACGCAGGCUGGCAAACGAGCAUUUGACAUGUACUUCUGGCUCCAGAAACUCCAGGAUGCUCAGUGCAUACUUCGACCUUCCUUGUUCAUCUGA